AAGGUUUGAAAAUUAUAAUUUUCAAAGAUGGCGUCUUACAUUGAAACCAUGCGAAAACACUUUCAGCAAAACAAGCGAAUACGGGAGCACACUGCCCAUGACUCCAAAGUGCACUCCGUGGCGUGGAGCUGUGAUGGUCGGCGUCUGGCUUCUGGGUCUUUUGACAAAACAGUCAGCGUCUUUCAACUGGAUAACGACAGAGACCGAAUGGUGAAGGACUGCACAUUCCGCGGACAUAGCGACAGCGUAGAUCAGCUCUGUUGGCAUCCGAAGAAUCCGGAUCAGCUGGUUACAGCCAGUGGAGACAAAACAAUACGAAUAUGGGAUGCCAGGACUAACCGAUCUGUGGCGACGGUGAAUACUAAAGGUGAAAACAUAAACAUUUGUUGGUCACCAGAUGGCAGCACUAUAGCAGUAGGGAACAAAGAUGACCUCAUCACAUUUAUAGAUGUCAGGAGUCAUAGGUCAAAGGCAGAGGAGCAGUUCAAAUUUGAGGUCAAUGAAAUUUCCUGGAACAAUGAUGGGGAUCUCUUUUUUCUGACCAGUGGUCAAGGCAGCAUCAAUAUCCUGAGUUACCCAGACCUGAAGCUCCAGCACAGCCUGAAUGCUCACCCUGCCAACUGUAUCUGUAUCGAAUUUGACCCUAAGGGGAAGUACUUUGCUACUGGUAGUGCCGAUGCCUUAGUCAGCAUCUGGGAUGUGGCAGAAUUAGCCUGCAUCAGAACCCUCUCCAGGUUGGAGUGGCCAGUUAGAACGUUAAGUUUCAGUCAUGAUGGUAGAAUGCUAGCAUCUGCCUCUGAAGAUCUCAUCAUAGACAUUGCAGAAGUGGAUUCAGGGGAGAAGAUCACGGAGAUUACAUGUGAAGCACCCACCUUCACCGUAGCUUGGCAUCCCAAGCGCCCUCUGCUGGCCUACGCAUGCGAUGACAGGGACACUUACGACAGAAAUCGUGAUGCAGGAACUAUCAAGGUGUUUGGAUUCCCCAGUGAUAAUUCAUGAGAUCCAAUUAUAACGCAGGAGUAACUUUGAUAUUGUAUUGGAGGUGUAUCGAUCAGAAACGGCUGAUGCUAUCAAAUAGCAGCAGACGAUUUGCCAUGCCCAGUGUGUGACGCAUUUACAAUACUGCUAGUGUUGUGGACUAGUUUGAGGGAUUAGCAGGCAGUAAUUGUACUUGUUGACUUGUAUGAUGUUUGUAGAAUAUUGAUUUGCGAUGUCUUAUUCAUAAAAGUGAAACUUCGUAUUUCAUUACAGGAUGUAAAUUCCUUGUUUGUUAAGUAAAGUUUUACAAUGCAACAAUGUUUGAAUGAAUGAAAUUCAGUUGUUUGUUUUUAAUGUUCAUUUUACAUGCACAGGUAAAUUCGUUAAGCUUU